ACGAUUGCGGAGCAGCUCUUAGAAUAUACGUGAAUGGAAGAGGUAGUCAAAUUGAGCCGUGAAACCUCUAUGAGCCUCAAGUGAUCCCCGCAGUUGUUUGGAACCGCAUGUUCCGACUUAUUCCCUCUCGAUUUGCCGCCUCCCUUCCAUCCCCAACGUCUCGCGUUCAUCGGGUUUGUUUCCAAUGUGCCACAGGUUGUUGUCAUCCUUGCUAAAUCCAAUACGUUUACUGACCGUUUUUUGUGAACCAAGUGCACGAUGAGCGACUCUGGGAGUAGCUCAAUGAGUGGGGAAACCCGCAUGCUGGAGCGGAGGGUGUCAAAUAAUCGGUCUGAUUUGAAUGCGGACCAGCAGAUGAACUACUUUCUCUCUUGGUUUACCACAUGGUCAGACUUGCAGAAGACCGAUUUUGUGAGUGUUCUGGCAGGGAAGAUGAAAGGUGAUAAAGCUUUAGCCGUGAAUGGUCUGCCAGACUUGAUGGCUAAAACGAAAUUGAGCAACGGAACACGCCCGCCGUCCUUGUUCUCUUGUCAAGUCAAACUGUUCGAUGACUGGUUUUCCGGGUGGUCAGAUGAUCAAAAGAACUAUCUGGCCCUUCGACUCAAGGACAUCGAUGGGGCCUUUUUCGAGAAGUACGAAAACUAUCUUCAAUUUGGACAGGAUUCCAUCGAGAAGGACUUUUUUGAACCUGGGAUUCCCGAGGACAUGAUCAAACAUAGUAACGGAGGGGUUAUUCCACAUUUGGUUGGCUUGAACCAAGUGCUUGAGGAUCAACAGGAGGAAGAGGAUUACCAAGAAGACGAACCUGACCACGGCUCUAAUGACCUGAGCGAUGAUGACGACCAUGAUGAUCCCAAGAAGCAAAAUCACUUAUAUCGUGCGGAAUUGGCCGAGCCCGUGCCGGAAAUUGUUUAAAGUGGAGCAGUGUUGUGUCCAGAAAACCAAAAAGAGACUCGUGUUCAUCUUUAAGAUAAUCUUCUAGUUUGCAACUAUUGCUUCCAUCCAAUCACUACUUCUCCUCCAUCGCCUCCUCUUUGGACUUACAUUCCAAUGCAGCUUCAAAAUGACCGAACCUUAAAACCCCAGAGAAGCCGAGAAACAAAAGAGCAUCUAACCUUGAGCUAUGAGGAAUUUGCCUCACUCUUCUUUUCCUGUCUCAUAUCCCAAACUCGACUUGAAACAUUCGGAAAGCCAAGGCACAGUUCCUGCCAGCAGAGGGUGUUAGUCUCGCCUAGAGCUUAUCUGAUGAUGGCGAAUAGCUCCGUCAGGGUCUGGCUCGAUCGAAUGAUGUGAUGAAGGCUGUAAUUGGGAAUGUGAUCGCUGGUUUGUUCAAUGAGCAACUAAAUUGUUAAACGAAUCAUCCUCCUUUUUCGACCAACUUUUUUUACACCUUUACGUACUUUGUACUGAUUUGCUAGCAUCAAAGUUGUUGUUCGCCUUCAUAUCUAAAACAAUGCCACCGAAUGCAUUUGAACUCAUUCCAGCAAUGAAACUUGCCGCCAUUCCCAGGAAGCGAAAUAUUCUCAAAGCCUUGUUGUACAUACGGUAUCAUACUCCUAGAUGACAGUCUAUAUCAAAUAACAAUAUACGUAUUUUCAUGAAAA